AAAAGCAGAAAGUGGGGAGAGAAAGAGGAGCGAGGCUCAGACUCAGAGGCUGCAGAUGUGAAUCAUUGUCUUUGUGAUCACAUGACAUCAACAGGAUGGAAGUGACAUCACACUCUGACAUCACGGAGAGUGGAGCCAAUAAGAGCACAAACCAGACAGAUUGCAUUUCAAGUCAGCCAGCAGUCAAUGGGAUGCUCCCACAUCAAAACACAGGAGAGGCUCCUCCCCUUCUCUGUAACAGGCCAGGGGAAGGUCACAUGAGUGAUGACUCUUUGACAGACAGCCCCUCCACCAAUGACGUCUCUCAGCUCCUGCCCACACAGCGAAAGCAGAACGGUGUGGACAGCUCAUCAGCGUCUCCUCCUCCCAUCUGUACUCCUCCAUCUGCCUCCAUCACCUCUGCACCUCCUCUUCGGCCACCUGCCUAUAAAAAAAACAGCUGCAGCCUUCCUCAACACCAUCAUCACCAGAGCACCAAUCAAAAGCGCCUUUCCUCCACAAGAAGCCACGCCUCCAUCAAAACAGAUGCUGCCCACAUUAAGGAGGUCGCUGGAGACGACUGUUGCGCUCACUGUCUCCUGGCCUGUCUGUUCUGUGAGCUGCUGUCCAUGUGUUCGGCCAUGGGGGAGUGCCUGGUGUGUGGAGUGGGCGGGACCAGCUGUUGUGAUGCUGCGGUUGGCUGCUGCUGCUGCGUAGAGGUGGCAGGGGAGGCGGCCUGUACGGAGGAGGCAUGUCAGGCCAUGUUGGAUUGUGGGAUAGUAGACGACUGCUGUGGCUCAUCCGACUGCUUGGAGAUCUGCCUGGAGUGCUGCUCCAUCUGCUUCCCCGCAUAAAGCAGCCAGAGGACAAGACAAUAUCAGACAGGAGACAAUGACUGAAAGUUUGCAGGACGAACAUCAAAGUCACCUGGAGAAACAUCUGGUUUCUCCUGGACAGUCAAGCUCACGCACAGUAUUUAAUGCACCUUCAGGUGGCAACUUUGAUUCAGGCGUGCAGCAGCUUUCAGUCUGCGGCAUCCUCCUCUGUGGAGCCAGAACGUGAUCGUAAUAACUGGGCUGCCUGUAGGGCAGACUGAUGUCACAGCAGCCCAGCAGGACCAGCUCAGGGACGGUGAAACCACCAUCUUUAUCUAACAUUGUCACACUGUUGUUACCAGGAGCAGGUGCUGCUGAUGUUCACGUCUGGUGUUUUAAUCCAGAGCAAAAGUGGAUCUAUAAGUUUUAGAAUUUUGAAACCGAGGAAUUUAAACAGAGAUUUGUUCAAUUUGGGUUCAGGAAAAAAAUGUGUGCAUCCAGAGUGAGAUGUCUCUGUGUUGACUGCUGUGUGGUCUUAGGCUUCAAACACAAGCAGGCAAAUCUCUGAGAAGGACAUAGGUCAAUCCGUCUAACUCUCCGAUCAGUCCAGACCUGUUUUGGAAUGGAACAUCAAUUAUAAAGUCUUCAUUUUCAGUUUUUCACUUUAAAACACAAAAAGCAACUAAGGAAAAAUGCCCUUUGUGCCUGUAUUUAACCACAUAUCUAUCACCUGUCCAAUUUAAGAAUGUGGCAGUUUGGUGGAGCCUGGCUUGACUGAUAUGAGGUGCUCCUCCGUUUGAAAGCACUGGAAACGUAGUUUGAGUUUCUAAUAUUUUUUCCUUCUUCCUAGUUGUGCUUUAGUGUUUUUAUUGAUUCUUAGUCCUUAAUAAAACAUUCAUUUAUUCAUUCAA